AUGACACCCUUGACUAACGACAAUCCCUCCCAGCUCUCUCGCUCUCUCUUCUACUUCAGGUCAACCGUCGCUUCUUCAACAACCGCAACCAUGUGCUCCUACACGUACAGCUGGUACUACUGCAACCACGACUACUACAUCUGGGCCAACAGCAUCGAGGUCUGCCCCAACCGCCUGCUCAGCGGCUACUCGUGCGACGCCUGGAGCAUCGACAUGUGCAAGAACAUGACCGUCAAGUGCGGCGGCUUCUCCAACUACUACUGCUCCGACUGCUCCGAGGACGUCGCCCUCGAGUACGAGCUGGACGAGAUGUAA